CUCCUCUCGAGAAGCACCCGCACCAUACAUCUUCCGGCGCCCGACGCGGACGGCGAGCCGCUGCUGCUGCUGCCGCCGGAGGAGGAAGGGCACCAGGGCCAGCGGGUGCAGGAGGAGGAGGAGCAGCAGCAGGCCGCCGGCCGCUUGGGGCUGUGCCACAUGCCGCUCUGGGGGGCCGCCGCGUCCGCGGCGCCGGCAGCCGACGGCGACGCCGCCCGCGCGCCGUCGGGAUCCGGCGGCGGCGUCAAGGUGAUCCGGUCGCUGCUCCCCACCCGGCGCCGCCUCCGCCUAGAUCCGCCCGCCAAGCUCUACUUCCCAUAUGAGCCCGGCAAGCAAGUCCGGAGCGCGGUCAGGAUCAAGAACAUCAGCAAGUCCCAUGUGGCCUUCAAGUUCCAAACGACUGCACCAAAGAGUUGCUUCAUGAGGCCUCCGGGCGGUGUGCUUGCUCCAGGGGAAAGCAUCAUAGCAACAGUUUUCAAGUUUGUGGAGCAUCCGGAGAACAACGAGAAGCCGAUGGACAAGUGCAAGGUUAAGUUUAAGAUUGUCAGCCUGAAAGUCAAAGGGCCGGUGGAGUACGUCCCUGAACUGUUUGAUGAGCAGAAGGACCAGGUCGCGGUCGAGCAAAUAUUGCGGGUAGUAUUCUUGGAUGCUGAGCGCCCAAGCCCACAAAUGGACAAACUCAAGCGCCAGCUAGCUGAAGCAGAAGCAGCCCUUGAGGCACGCAAGAAACCUCCAGAGGACAAUGGUCCCCGUAUUGUUGGUGAAGGCCUUGUGAUUGACGAAUGGAAGGAACGAAGAGAGAGGUACCUUGCUCGCCAGCAGAUCGAAGGUGUUGAUUCGGUGUAGACACGAGGCAGCCCUGUAAACUAUGCAGAAUGAACAUACCGUUUUAUGGGCACGCACUCCAGCUGUCAAAUGGAUUUGGAGCUUGAUUUUGCGAAGGUUCGGAUUUGGAGCAAUCAAGCAACAAUGAGGCUUUUGUGUAUUUGGGGUUCACGCUGAACUUCUGUCCUGGGUUUGGGUGUGUGUAGAUAAGCAGCCACUGCUUGGUAAUAGUAAUAGUACGUCCUUCAGCCAUGUACUCGUGUUGUGGAAUGUGGGUCUCUAUGUGAAUGUGAUGCAUUCUCUAGCUGCUGUCCCGUCAACAUUAAAAGUGUAAUUGUAAUGUCAAAAGGCACACUCCAAGGUGAUUCAGUGGUAGUUCUGCCAUCAUGUUAGUUGUUACAGUAAUUCUUCCAUCACUUGUUUGUACAACUCAUACAUGUCAUGCCACCCUGAGAUUUAUGUCAUUCAGUUGUCAGUC